UGUAAUACCUUUGAGACUAACUAAAGACUACUACUACUGAAAUAAAAAAAAAACAUUACAUCCACAGCAUUCCCCUCGUCUACCAAGACCUUAUUUUGUGGGUCUCGGAUGAAAGAACUUUCCUGACCAUCUAGUGUAAGUUUGGUCAUUCGUGUACCUUCUUUCAGGGAAGAAAUAUGGUUGCUUGCUGGAGUGUUCCACAUUUCUUUUUGUCCAUAUAGUAUAAUAAUUGUUAACUCAAUAUCAUGACAUUACAGAAUUUGGGAGCAGCGCCUGACCUUGAGCCUGAGAAAGAAGGAGAAAAAUUGACCCUGUUGCCAACCUCAUUGGACAUCAAUUCAAAGAUGGAUGAACCAGACACAGCUGGUCCUGAAGCAGGAAGAGGCCUCGAUGUCAUGAGUGCUGGGAGCAAUGGAGAAUACUGGGAAAGAAUGGUGCUGGGUGAAGACCUUGCCAGCUCAGACAUACAGUAUCAGCGCUUCAGGCAGUUCUCCUAUGGGGAGGUUGAGGGACCCCGAGAGGUUUGCAGCCGACUCCAUGAUCUCUGUCGUCAGUGGCUGAAGCCAGAGAAACAGACCAAAAAUCAGAUGCUGGACCUGGUGGUCCUGGAGCAGUUCUUGAGCAUCCUGCCCCCAGAGAUGGCAAACUGGGUGAGGGAAUGUGGGGUGGAAACCUGUUCCCAGGCAGUGGCACUAGCAGAAGGUUACAUGCUGAGUCAGAAAGAGGAGAAAAAGCAGGAAGAGCACCAGGUGAAAGGGUUCUCUGUGGAAAGUCAAUCUGAUUUUCCUGCUUCAGAGAAGGCUUCAUCAGCUGCCAUGCAAAGUUCCCAGCAAAGAAACACCGUUUUGCAAGGAGUUGGAACAGCGCUGUCAACAAUGACUCAGUUGCCUCUUCUUUCUUCUGAUGGAGAGGAACCAUAUCAAGCUCCAGUGACCUUUGAGGAGGUGGCUGUGUCUUUCUCUGAGGAGGAGUGGGCCCUGCUGGAUCCUGACCAGAGAGCCCUGCACAGGGACAUUAUGGAGGAGACGUGUGGGGUUAUGGCUUCUCUUGGUAACUGGAGGGAAGGAAAUAUGCAUGGCAAGCAUGACAAUUCUCUUUGGAAAAACGUGGAGUUCCCAAGUUACGAGCAAGCCCGCCCAGAAGAAAAAGGUUAUACUGGUGAGAUGGUCUGGACAUGCACCAGAUGUGGGAGAUGCUUUAUCCAAAAGAUGGCACUUGUGUGUCACACGGUGGUCCAGCCUGGAAACAAACAUUUUGGAUAUGAACUCUCUGUGAAGGAUUUUGGCUACAAAUUGCGUUACCUGAGCCACCAGGUGAUCUACACAGGAAAGAGAGAACACAAAUGCAAGGACUGUGCAAAGUAUUUUGCCAGCAGUUCAUCACUUGUGAAAUACCAAAGAAUCCGCACAGGUGAGAAAUCAUACAACUGUACCGAGUGUGGGAAAUGCUUUGUUUGCAAGUCAGGACUAGUAAGGCACCUCAUGGCCCACAGGGGGGAGAAACCCUUCAAAUGCCAGGAAUGUGAUAAAUGUUUUAUCUCCAGGUCAGAUCUUGUGAGGCACCUGAGAGUCCACACAGGAGAGAAGCCAUACAAAUGUGAAGAGUGUGGGAAAUAUUUUGCUUCCAGUUCAGUGGUGAAGCACCUGAGAAUCCACUCGGGAAAUAAACCCUACAAAUGCCAGGAGUGUGAAAAAUGUUUUGCCUGCAAGUCAGACCUUGUGAGGCACCAGAGAGUCCACACAGGGGAGAAACCAUUCAAAUGCGAAGAGUGUGAAAAAUGUUUUAUUUCCAAGUCAGGACUUGUGAACCAUGAGAGAGUCCAUAGAGCAGAGACAUCAUACAGUUGUCAGGAGUGUGGCAAAUGUUUUUCACGGAAUUCACACUUUUUGACCCACUUGAAAGUCCACACAGGAGAGAGGCCAUUCAAAUGCCAGGAGUGUGGGAAGUGUUAUAUUGAAAAUUCACACCUUCUCUUCCACCAAAGACUCCACACAGGAGAGAAACCAUACAAGUGCCAGGAGUGUGGGAAGGGUUGUACUCGCAGGUCAGAACUUGAAAUCCACCAGAGAGUCCACACAGGAGAGCGACCAUACAAAUGCCAGGAGUGUGGGAAAGGUUGCAGUCGCAGGUCUGAACUUGUAAUCCAUCAGAGAAGUCACACAGGAGAAAGACCAUACGGAUGCCAGGAAUGUGGAAAACGUUUUGUUUGCAAAUCAGAACUUGUGAAACACCAGAGAAUCCACACAGGAGAGAAACCGUACCAAUGCCAUGUAUGUGGGAAAUGUUACACGCAAAAUUCACACCUUCGCUUCCACUGGCGAGUCCAUACAGGAGAAAAACCAUACAAAUGCCAGAAGUGUGGGAAAAGUUUUGUUCACAGUUCAUAUCUUGUGAGUCACCAGAGACUGCACACAGGAGAGAGACCGUACAAAUGCCUCGUGUGUGGGAAAUGUUUUAUUCGGAAUUCAAAUCUUGUGAAGCACCGGAGAGUCCAUGCAGCAGAAAAACAAUUAAAAAGCCAACUGUGAGGAAAAUGUUCUUUUAUAUCAGAGCUUUGAACACAUCAGAAUUCACAGCAUCAUACAUUUACAGCCAGUCCUCCACAUUUGUGGCUUUGACUUUUUUGGAUAUGAUUAUUAGUGGAUUUGAUUAAUAAGUUAUCUCUAGGAAUCUCUAGGUCCUCCAGUGUGACUCUGCUGAAAGUUGGCCAUAGAGUUAUUAUUAUUAUUAACCUUUAUUUAUAAAGCGCUGUAAAGUUGUACAGAAGAAUGUAGAGAUUCCAAAAGAAAACACUUCUCUAAGCUUUUUGUGGGUUUUUCGGGCUCUGUGGCCAUGUUCUAGAAGAGUUUAUUCCUGACGU